AUGGCUCGCAUCCUGGAUGUUGUUCAGAAUUUAGCUGAAGCCAGUGGAGGUGGUGGAUUGAAAUGUGGAGUUCGUCCUGUUGACUUGGAGAACCAGAAAAGUUUCCUGCUGUCUGGAUUAUUUUCUAGAAUUGUUGGAGGCAGAAAUUCAGUGGCUGGGGGGCAACCUUGGCAGGUAUCUCUCAAGUUGGGUCGUUUCCACUUCUGUGGUGGCAGUUUAAUACAAGAGGAUGUGGUUGUAACUGCGGCUCACUGCGUAUUCACCCUUGAGCAGAAACUAGUGAAGAAUCUCAUUGUGACUGUUGGAGAACAUAACCUCAGAAAGGCAGACGAGCAAGAACAGAACAUUCCUGUCUCUCAAGUCAUUGUUCACCCUGACUUCAACAGACUUGGCUACAUGGAUUCUGAUAUUGCUCUGCUAUAUCUGAAAUACAGAGUAAAGUACGGGCAUAGGGUUCAGCCAAUCUGCCUUCCCCACAAAGAUGAUAAAUUUGUGGCCGGGACUCUUUGUGUUGCUAGUGGCUGGGGCAGGGUGUCUGAGGCUGGUGAACUAUCUAAUGUUCUACAGGAGGUGGAGCUCCCCAUCAUUGAUAGGCGAACCUGCAGUGCCCUGUUAAAGCAAAUGAAUCUGCCUCCAGUAGCAAGCUCCAUGCUAUGUGCUGGCUUUCCUGAUGGUGGGAAGGAUGCGUGCAAGGGUGAUUCUGGAGGUCCCCUCGUGUGUAGAAGAGCCAGUGGCAUCUGGACUCUGGCUGGUGUCACAUCAUGGGGAGUUGGCUGUGCAAGAGGCUGGGAUGCCCUUGAGAAAAGCAUCAACAAAAGGGGUUCCCCCGGCAUCUUUUCCAAUGUAGCUGAACUGAUGGACUUCAUCACACAGAACAUUAUCCCCGCUGCAGAGCCAGAUCACCUUCCCCCACACUUUCCUGAAGGAUGCAGCUCCCAUGGAAUGCUGGUCUUUGGAGAAAGUGGCCGCAUUCGGUAUCCCCAGCCCAGUGAGAGUAACUACCUAGAUAACAGCCUAUGCGUGUGGAAUAUAAUUGUGCCAGAAGACAAGAUUAUAUUAAUACAGUUCACCAGGUUAGACAUAGAGAGCCAGAUCACGUGUGACCAUGACUACGUGUCCUUGUAUUCGGACAAAAGAGAGCUAAUUGGUAAAAUCUGUGGGGAUGUGUUACCAGCCCCGCUGCUGAUAGACUCUAACCGAGCAAUGGUUACUCUCAUUUCUGAUGGAAGCAACACCGGCAGUGGCUUUGAAUUCACCUUCACAGCUAUACAUAAGGAAUCGGAAGCAGGUUCUGGCUGUGGAAGUGUUGCAGUGCUGGUGGAAGAGGGAAAGAUUGAUACUGCUAAUUACCCUGGCUCGUAUCCCAGUAACGUGAAGUGCCAUUGGUUCAUUGAAGCCCCGGUAGAGAAUGUCAUAAAGCUGGAGUUUGAAGACUUUGCUGUUGAAUUCAGCGCGGGCUGUAUCUAUGACGCAGUUGUCAUUUACAGUGACACGGAAGAUGAGCACCAGCUAGCCAAUCUGUGUGGGUUCUCAAUCCCCAGCCCAAUUCGGAGCCCUGGCAAUGAAAUGUUAAUACAUUUUGAAAGUGAUGGGGAGAACAAUUUCAGAGGAUUUAAGGCCAGAUUCACCUUUGUUCCUUCAGCAGAAGAAGCUGAAUCAGUAGUUGCAGAACCAAUUGUUCUACAGACGGCCACUCCAAAGAACAUCCCUUUAGAUGUCUGUGGCUUCCCCCCGUUUAGUCCCCAGUGGCUGUCCGGACGUGUUGUUGGGGGAGAAGAAGCAUGUCCCCAUUGCUGGCCUUGGCAGGCAGGCUUGCAAUUCUUAGGUGACCAUCAGUGUGGCGGUGUUGUCAUCAGUCCAACAUGGGUACUCACAGCAGCCCACUGUAUACAAUCAACAAACAGACCACUGCAUUGGACUGUCAUCGUGGGAGACCAUGAUAGAGCCCUGAAGGAGUCAACAGAACAGGUGAGAAGGGUGAAAACUAUUGUGGUGCACCCUGAUUUUGAUACAGUGAGCUAUGACUCAGAUAUUGCGCUGAUCCAACUGGAUGUCCCUCUGGAGUUUAACACUGUUGUGAGGCCAGUAUGUUUGCCCAACAGCACGCAACCGUUAUCUUCCUCUGUUCUGUGCACCAUGACUGGCUGGGGGAGCACCCGAGAAGCAGAUGGAAGCCUCGCUAGUCGACUGCAGCAGACACAAGUACCCAUACUUGAGAGUGAAGUCUGUGAGAAAAAUUACUAUUUUAAUCACCCUGGAGGGAUCACAGCUAGGAUGCUUUGUGCUGGUUUUGCUUCUUCUGGAGGGCAGGAUUCCUGCCAGGGUGAUUCUGGUGGCCCGUUGGUUUGCCAUCAUGAAAAAGAGCCAUUUAUUCUUUAUGGCAUCAUCAGCUGGGGUGUUGGUUGUGCCAGGCCAAAGAAACCAGGAGUUUAUACAAGGGUGAGAGUCUUCCUGGACUGGAUCAAAUCCACAAUAAGAGAGAUUGAACCAAAUGCGCUUCAGGUAAGUAAGAAUGGACAUGAAACCUUAACACAGACACCAAUGAAACGGCCUACAAAGCUAACAGGAGCUGCUUACAGACAAGAAUGUCCAUUGGAAGUGGAGUUAACAGAGCCCAGAGGUUUCUUCUCCUCCCCUUGCUCAUCAGGCUCCAUGGGAAGUUUGAAUUGCUCUUGGGUGCUCAGAAUGUCUCCCAGAGGCAUGGCAAAGCUCACAGUAAAGCAUCUGUCAAUACCAGCCUCCCGGAACUGCCAAGUGGAGCUCCUAGGGAUAUAUGAAGAGGGCCAAAGAGGAAGAAAAGUAGUAGCUGAACUAUGUGGUGUCCUGCAGUCGCCUAUGACCUUUCUGAGUCCUGGCCCUGUGGUGAAAGUGGUGUUCCAUUCUCUGACCCUUGCUGCCUUUGGCAUUGAGUACAUGGUCUUCAGAGUCCAAGGGCCAAAGAUUGGAAAGGCAGUGAAACGCCCCAAGGAUGUGGACCAAGAAUUGUUACGCUGUAGGGAUGUCAUUCUCACAGACCUGGAAGGAUUGAUCCAGUCACCAGGAUAUCCCCAUGGCUAUCCUAACACCACCAGUUGCCACUGGCGAAUUGUAGCCCCGUUAAAAUCCAUCAUUCGGCUUGAUUUCCUGGCCUUCUGGACUGAAAAGACUCUGUCUGAUUGCCAUGGACAACUGAUGGUGUAUGAAGGAUUUGGGCCAAGCAAGGAGUUGAUAGGUAACUUCUGUGGGGAAAUUUCACUCUAUCCUUUAAAGUCUGAUGGUCCAGUGGUGAUGCUGACCUUCACAUCAAGUGCUGAAGUGGCUACAGAAGGGUUUGUUCUGACCUACUCUUUCCAUGAUCUACAACCUGGUUCUGCUUUAGGAAAAUUGAAAGCUGCUGAAAAAGGGUGUCCAAUCUUGGAUCUAAUUCCAGUUGGAUCAGCUGAGAUAACAUCUCCUAAUUACCCCAACACUUAUCCCAACAUGCUGAACUGCACUUGGACAGUUUAUUCCACUUCAGGAAAUAGAUUGAAAGCUGUGAUCAGAGACUUGGUAACAGAAAAUGCAAGAGACUGCAUUUGGGACUCUUUGAACAUCUAUGAUGGUCCAAAUAACUCUUCAGGACUGCUCGCUAGUUUGUGUGGCCAAAAGAAGUCUCUUAGCCUGUUAUCAAGCAGCAGCUACCUGACUCUACAUUUCAAGACGGACAGGUCUGUGGGGAACAGAGGCUUUAAAAUUCUGUUUGAAGAGGUGAAUCGGUGGCCAGCACAGAAGAGUAGAAGUGGCAUAGAACUUGAAAGCAAAUACAAAUGUGGCAUUCCAGUGGUGGAUCCAUUCCCAGUGGACAAGUCUGAGAGGAAUGUGAAAGCAGCCGGAGAAGAGCCAGGCAAGCCAAGGGUGGUCGGUGGCAGACCAGCACCUCAAAUGUCCUGGCCCUGGCUGGUUAGUCUACAGUACAAGAAUGAGCACUUCUGCGGAGGCUCUCUGAUUGCUGAGAAGUGGGUCCUAACAGCUGGACACUGUAACUUCAGUGCUCAGACAGACGGGAUAGUUCUGGGGAAAACUUAUUUGCUGCCAAACAUAAAAGGCAACAACCCUGUCCUUGUGAAAGCUGUGCACACACACUAUAACUUCAGUGGAUUUCCUUCUAGCAAUGAUCUCACUCUCUUGGAACUGGAGAAACCCAUCAAAAUAGGAGACUCUAUAGCAAUAAUUUGCUUACCAGAUAGAGAUGAGGAAAUAAGCAUUGAUGCAAGAUGCUUAACAGCAGGAUGGGGAGCAACAGAAUCAGGCAAGGAUGAAUACUCCAUCAGGCUGCAGCAGACAAAUAUACCUCUCCUCUCCAACGAGGCCUGUGUGAGCUACUGGGGACAGGAUAUUAAAAAUACCAACAUUUGUGGUGGAGCUGCUGGAGCAACUGCGUGCUCGGGAGAUUCUGGAGGGCCACUGAUAUGCAUGAAAAAUGGGUAUUAUAAGCUGAUCGGCAUUGUGAGCUGGGGCAGUGAUAAUUGCCAUCCAGCGUCACCAACGGUUUAUACCCGAAUUUCUGCCUACAGGGACUGGAUUUCUUCAGUCACUAAUGGAAAAGUGUGAUUGCUGAACUGAACUUUUAAUUCUCCCUUUUUAAAUGGGGAGGAAUGUGUGAAAUAUGCACGGUAAAAAUACCCAAGAAAUAUGGCAGCAUCUGUCACAUACCCUGAUUUUUCUUUAAACAUCUGAAGUGACUGUACUAAUGCUCAGUCUCAGCUGUCUUCUUCGAAUGGCAAAUCCAACACACUGGCAACUCUAGCACGAAAAAUCUGUUUCCCAAUAGGUGUAUGUACAUGGAUACACAUCUCUCCGUACACGGUUAGCAUUGCCAUUAUUAGGGCCAAAUUCUCUGCUGGUCUAAAUUAGUGCAGUUCUUCUGAAGUCAAUAGUGCUGCAUUAAUGUACAAACGACGUGUGUGUGUUUUUUAAAUAUAUAUAUUUAGCCUGGCAAUGUUCAGCUGCUGUGCCCUUGACCACUGACAGAACUUUUAGAUCCACUAUUCCCAAAAGCAUAGUACAGACCAGCUGGUCAGAUUCAGUUCAGGAUCGCCACUGUACUUAAUACCCUGCACUUAGAUAUUCUUGUUGAAACCAAGUGCCUUGUCUGGUAGAAGUAAAAGGGGAGAUAAUGAAGAAACAUCUUGACCAGCUGUUACAGGGUAAAGGUGCCAAGAAAAGGAGGGAAAAGCACAGACAUGUAAGCUGAGUGACCAUGUCCCUUCCCAGUCUUUAUUAUUCAUGGGAAGAUGAUGUAAAUGAAAACAUUGUAGAAGGUAACCGUCAACCACCCAAUGAGGAACCGGAAUUAGAACAAGAGUGUAGUGUAUCUCCCACUGCUACUAGUCUUGUCCCCCAUGACCUCACGUUUCAGUGACCAUUCUGGGCAUGCUGGGUGGUGCAUGGUUGGUCUGGCAAUUGGAGGAAAUCAGCUGUCAGCAACUGUAACAGGAUGUGAGGUGCAGCUCUAUGGCUGUUUGUUUGUUUAUUUUUAAAAUUCUUCAAGGUGUAAGGGGAUGGGGUGGAUCUGUCCAAUUUACCAGGGAGUUUAUGCUCCUCUCACACACCCUUUAUAUAGGGGAGGGCUCCAGGGUGACUAAGAAAGAAUUACCUUGGCAGGAAAGGAUCUGUGAGGGAAGAGGAUCCUGAGAUCUUUUUUUUUAAAGAAAAAAAAAAAAAAGCUACCCCUUUCCCCCAUUCUCUUUUAAAGGUGGGGAUGACUAGUUGGAAGAAAUUACUGCAGCUAGAUAGCAUCAAAACGCUUCAUUUAGCUAACAGGCUUUUGUUUCUUUAUCGAGAAAUCUGUUCCUUGCUUUGUUAGUUUUAGAUUAAGUUAAAUAGAUUCAUGAAUUCCUGUUCUUGCAUCAAACUUACAUCUUCAGUUUUUUCUGUGCAUGCUUCUUGUCUCUGAUAGCACUGUGUGGGGUCACGAAGAUGCACUAAGUGCUCAUCCUGUCAGAUGCUUCCAGCCAUGCCAUACAUGCAGCCCUCCCACAGCACUAAAAAUAAGUAUUAAAAACUACUACAGCUGCAAAGAGUGGCGUGGGAGUAAGACACACCUAGGCCUUUGUCCGACUGCUAUCUGUACUGCCAAGGCUGAACAUUUAAAAAAACAUGAGUCAGACCCUCUCAAAAUUGAGAUUAGCUUAAAAAAAUACAUUUAGGGUUAUUUAUUUACUUUGUGGUUUUUAGGAUUCAUGUUUUUAGCCCUUGUAGUUAGGGAGAAAAGAUCGGGGGGGGGGGAAUUUUCCCCAACAAAAGCUGAGAUUCUCACAGUCACAUGACUCUGGGGCAUUAAGAAAAACACCAAAUAGGAGACUAUCUCUAAAAUCAUGAGUAGACCAUAUUGUGUGCUCGGACACUACUAGAAGUCCUCUGUCUGUAGAGGCAGCUGCCAUUUUUCGGACAAAAGGUGAGACAAGGUGUUAUGGAAGAAAAAUGCCCUGUUCACAUGCUUUCCUAGAGAUUUGACUUUUCUGUUCUGAUUUCUUGUUUUUCCUUCACCUACAAUUAAAGUGAUUUAGACAGAUUACAUGGUUGCUUUGUGUAUAUCAAAAUAACACUGAAUUUCAGAAGUUUCAGGGACAGAAUUCUGAAUGACUGAUUUAGAUUGAUGCUUACUGAUUCUGAAGUCAGAUCACCUGCUUCCAGAUUCCAAAACAUACUUGGAGAGCUUGUAAUUCCGACAAGGAGUCAAUAAAGGACAGCAGCUUACACUCCUGUUUGCACAAAAUUUUCAGAUUCAAGAGACCUAGUGUUAAUCACUUCUACUGGAAGGGUGGGGAUUUAAUUUUUCUUUCACUUUGGCGUAUGACCUGCUCCUUGGAUCAUAAGCUCAUGUGACUUUACAAAAGUCCUUCUGAAUAUUUUCAGUAGCUAUGAGGUAAGCCAGCUGUCCUUGGCCAGUGCUGAGCUGAGAUGCCUUCUUGGCUGUUAUCAGUAGCUGCAGUUUGAGGAAACAGAAAUACCUAACCAUACUAGGUGUCUUAAGUAGUCUCUCACCAAAUAGCUGUUUUCUCCUGAAGAAAGUAAAUAGGAACAACUGGAAACUGUGGAAGUGACCUACUAUAUAUUCAAGGUUCCUGCUCAAUAUUCAGGAUCCUAGACCUAUUCCUUUUAUUGUUCUAGGUGGCUUGCUGUGAAUUUGUAGUUAUUUUUAUUUUAUUUGUAAGACAAAGGUCUUACAGGAAAUACUUUUUUUUAAAAAGACUCAGAAUAAUUAAAAGAACACUGUAUAGACCUAAAAAUAACAAAUCUAUAUGUUUCUGAAACAAAUUACUUGGAAAAUAAUUUAUUCUCUUCCUUACUAGCCAGGACCUGAGUUCAGGACUCUAGAUUUCCCCUACUAUAGCUGGUGAUGUUACACCUAAAGGAAAGGUAAGGAAGACACACAAAUGAUCUGAUCUUCAGAGAUGUUGAGCACGCACCACAACCAUUCAAUUGAGUGGGAUUAUUUGUGUGAGUAACUUUUGGCCAGAAAAGAAGCUAGUGUGCUGAAUUGGAAGUUGACAUAGGAGCCGGAGGCCAGGAGAGAACCCUCUUCUGUUUGUGAAAAUAGUAAGUUCUUGGAUGAAAGGUUUGGUUUGGUGUCUGUAUGUAAGACUGUGUGUGUGUGUGUAUUUAUGUAUACACAUACACACCCAUUUCCUCCUUUGUUAACUAUAUUAGAUACACAGCCAAGUUUAGAGCAGAAUUGAAACCUAUUCUCUCUGUACAACCUCUUUUGAAUGCAGCUGAAAAACAAGGAAUUUUAUCUGAAGAAAUACUGCAGCCUUACUGAUGAUUUCUCUCCUCCAAACCUGCUUGCUGCAGUUUUAAUGCUUCGUCAUUUCUCACCCUUUUAAACAAUGCAGUUUUUCACCAAGGCUAUGCUUUUCCUGUUACGUUGGGGGUAAAAAUUUCCAAAACUUUCCUAUAACUUUGGAGCUUACACCCCAUUUUCAAAUGUGACUUUAAAUGAUGUAGGAGCAGAAGUCGCUUCUUAAAAUGGGAAGUAAGCUCCAAAGUUGCUUACAUGCUUUUGGAUACUUUUACCCUUCCUCUACUGGACAAUAGCUUUUAAAAUUAGCUGCUGCUGUCUGAUAGGACUUUGCUGUGGAAGAUUUUAUAGGGGCUUGGUAACAAUUCCUGAAUCUACAGGGUGUAAACCAUAUUCCUUGAAAGCAUAGCAAAAACUUACUACUGAUUAGCAGGUCUUCCAUUUCAUUCAGUACCCGAUGUAGUAUAAAUAUUAAGAUAUUUGUUUUGUUGGGGAUUAACUGAAGCACUGGCUCUAUCACUAGGUAAAUACUAGCUCCUAUUCAGGAGUGACUUAAACAAUGGGCAUUGACUGCACAACGUACAGUUCAGUGGAAAGUAACUUACAUGUGUAUGGAGUGGGUCCAAAAUGUGACCACAGUGUAAGAGCAGAGAAUUCUGACUUACACCCCAAAUGUACUUUUAAAAACUGGAACUGUUAAUUGACAGGCUGUUACGUUCUCGGUUAGUGGGAUGAAGGUUUUGUGGGUAUGUUUUACAAGUUUCUGAACUCUGUACCCAAAUUCUAUUCUAGCGGUUGUUCACAUCUCUAUCUCCUCACUUUUCAUAGCAUUCUCUUGAUAUAUUUUUUAAUUUGAUCUUGGGACUGUUUAAAAUAAUUGCUAAUGGGUGAGCAAUUUUG